CCUGUGUUCACAGAAGCAUGACGGGGUUCCUGAGGAAGUGCUCUGAUAAGAGGAGGCUUUGAUAGCAGCCUGAUUGAAUUCAUUGCGUAGAGGGAGAUGAAAGAAAACUUGUCAUGGUGCCCUGUGUUCACAGAAGCAUGACGGGGUUCCUGAGGAAGUGCUCUGAUAAGAGGAGGCUUUGAUAGCAGCCUGAUUGAAUUCAUUGCAUAGAGGGAGAUGAAAGAAAACUUGUCAUGGCUGCAGUCCUUGUUUUGCUGGGAGUCUUCUGGGCUCAGACUUCUGCACUGAACACCUUUGUGCUGCGGGAGCCUGGCAGUAACUAUGUCACUGGGACCAUGACCAUCCACAACGAGGAGCACAUCGUCGACGUCCACGUCCGCUCCGGCGUCUACUCCUCCGAUACCAUUUUCGACUACUCCCGUGGGUAUAUUGCCACCAGGCUGUUCUCCCGAAAUGCCUGUUUCAUCAUGAAGAUCAAAAAGGAAUACAUCCCCGAGCUGCGCGAGAUCGGACGGCUGGCGUUUGAGAAACGGACCAUGAAGGAUGUUUACUCUCCAAAUAAUGUGUGGACCCUGUUUCAAACUGGCAGUUCUGUGCUGGGGCGUUUGAAGGACUGGAUUCUCUAUGGCAAACACAUCGAAAAGCUCUGCUCGGGGCUGCCCCUCUACCAGCUCACAGCCACUGAACCACAAGAGAACACUGAUGGCUGUGCCAGUGCAGGAAUUCCAAGUAUUUUGGGCCUUAACAUCUGUGAACAGCUCAUUGCAACUGGAUCUUGACAUUCCUGCUGCUAGGAAUUGCGUGGUUUCUUUGCAUGCUUUUCUGAUGGAGACCAUGUUCUCCAGCUGGAACAGAGCUCGGGUAUGAGGCUCAACUUGCCUAUUCAAGGCUUUGAUGUACGACAAAGCUAUGAUAUACAAAUAAAGAUAAUGCUUUAAUA